AUCGAGCAAGCUCUUAAUCUCUCUUAUUUGAUUCUAUCCUCAAGUUUCUCCAUAUCAGAUCCAGUUUCUAAACAAAAAUGUCUGGGCGUGGCAAGGGAGGCAAGGGCUUGGGAAAAGGAGGAGCCAAGCGUCACCGCAAGGUCCUUCGAGAUAACAUUCAAGGAAUCACAAAGCCAGCCAUUCGUCGAUUGGCUCGCAGAGGUGGUGUGAAACGUAUCAGUGGUUUGAUCUAUGAAGAGACCCGUGGAGUACUGAAGAUCUUCCUUGAGAAUGUGAUCAGAGAUGCUGUGACCUACACAGAACACGCCCGGCGCAAGACUGUUACAGCCAUGGAUGUGGUGUAUGCCUUGAAGAGACAAGGCAGGACCCUUUAUGGAUUUGGUGGUUAGGGCUUUUAGUUUUAUUGGAUUGAAAGUCUUGCUGUCAAGAAAUUGUGUUUCUUUAGCUUUAGGUGUUUGUGGGUGUGUGGUUAUUUGUAAGUAAUUCAAUGGGUUUGAUCUGAUUUUGAGCUUUUGUUGUAACUAUGGUGGAUUUGGAAUGAAAUGGUGGUGUUUGAUUCA